AUGGACAGCUCCUGGGUGGAGAACGGGACUCUUGCCCCCUUCGCUUCGCUCUCCCCGGAGCCCGAGAACAGCAGCAGCGGCAGCCCCAGCCCCUCCAGCCGGGUGCCGCAGGCAGGCACGGGGCCGGGGGGCAGCCGCCCGUUCUGGGACACCCCUCUGAACCAGGGUUUGAGCGUGUUCGUGGGGCUGGCGCUGUGCACCACCAUGCUGGGCUUGGGCUGCACCGUGGAGCUGAGCCAGCUCGGGGGGCAGCUGCGGCGGCCGGUGGGGGUGCUGCUGGCGCUGCUCUGCCAGUUCGUGCUCAUGCCCCUGCUGGCCUUCCUGCUGGCGCUGCUCUUCGCCCUGGACGAGGUGGCAGCGGUGGCCGUGCUGCUGUGCGGCUGCUGCCCUGGGGGGAACCUCUCCAACAUCAUGUCCCUGCUGGUCAACGGAGACAUGAACCUCAGUAUUAUCAUGACCGCCUCAUCCACCCUGCUGGCCCUGCUGCUGAUGCCCCUGUGCCUGUGGAUAUAUAGCCGCGCCUGGAUCAACACGCCUCUGGUGCAGCUGUUGCCUCUGGGGGCCGUGAGUCUGACCCUAUGCAGCACUUUGCUCCCCAUCGGCGUAGGAGUUUUCAUCCGCUACAAGUACACACGGGUCGCCGACCUCUUGCUCAAGGUUUCCUUGUGGUCCCUUUUAGUGACUUUGGUGCUUCUUUUCAUUCUGACUGGCACUAUGUUGGGACCUGAGUUGCUGGCAAGUAUCCCUGCGUCUGUCUACAUAGUAGCAAUCUUGAUGCCCUUAGCGGGCUAUGCCUCAGGAUAUGGCUUAGCUACUUUAUUUCACCUGCCACCUCAUUGCAAGAGGACAGUGUCCUUGGAAACAGGAUGUCAAAAUGUCCAGCUCUGCACGGCUAUACUGAAACUAACUUUUCCACCACACCUCAUAGGAAGUAUGUAUAUGUUUCCCUUGCUUUAUGCACUUUUCCAGGCUGCAGAAGCAGGGAUUUUUGUGUUAGUGUACAAGAUGUACGGAAGAGAUACCUAUAAACAAGAUCCCCUAAAUGAAGAUGAUGACACAGAUAUUUCUUACAAGAAACUGAAAGAGGAGGAAAUGGCAGAUACCUCAUACGGCACAGUGACUACAGAAGAACACAAUUCUAUUCUGAUGGAGCCUGCACAGACUGCACUUUAG